AUGAUUUCAAGUUUACCAAACGAAUUAUUAUUAAAAGUGUUUAAGAGUAUACGCGAUCAAAAUAAUUAUAAACAUUUGUGGAAAAUUAGGAGAACUUGUAAACGAUGGCAUGAACUUAUUCCUGUGGCAAUAAGUGACGAUCUUUCAAAUCGAUUUAGUUUGGAG